UUUUAGUUUCGACUGACGUGUGUGCUUGGGAGCUGGGAGGGGGCAAAAGUGAGCAUAUUAUGUUCGCCCUGGUGAACCUCUAGGCCGGGGCGUAACACAAGUAAAAUAAACCUUUGUUUGACUGAGUCGUUUUGACUGUUGAGUGCAGUUUCUGUGUUCCUUCUUGUCUUUUGAUGGUGUGCUGACUUCUGUACACUGAUUUUAUUCCACAGAAUAUCACCAAUGGACCACCUAUAUAUGUUGAAAUGAUUUUUAAAAAAAUGUUUAUUCUCUCUUAUUCAGCAGGUAAUAUUCUGUUGUGCACCAUUUGGACUACCUGGGCCUACCAUGUUUUCACACUGGAUGAACUCCGUGAAGGCUGUUUUUUCAGGAAACCCAAUAUCAGCCAUUUCCAGCGCAAACACAGAUUUUGCUUUGGAGCUGCUCCGCACUCUGAGCCAAGACAACCCCAAUGGAAACAUUUUUUUCUCCCCGCUGAACAUUAGCUUUUCUCUGGCGAUGGUUUAUCUGGGAGCUAAAGGAAACACUGCUGCUCAGAUGGCACAGGUCCUCUCAUUUAGCUCAGCUGAAGACAUCCAUGCAGAAUUUGAGAAACUAAACCACAUAAUUCACAUGAAAUCUGGAUCAUACACCCUGAAACUAGCCAGUCGUCUUUACGGAGAAACUACCUCCAACUUCCUCUCUGAAUUCCUUGAAGCCACACAGAAGUACUACAACGCAGAGCUGAAGGCUGUCGAUUUCAUUGGAGCUCCAGAAGCCUGCAGAGCGGAGAUAAACACCUGGGUCGAAGAGCAGACAGAAAAAAAGAUAAAGGACCUUCUGCAGCCGGGUGCUGUCAAUACCAUGACAAGACUGGCUCUUGUCAGUGCCAUCUACUUCAAAGGGAAUUGGAUGCACCCGUUUUGCGAAGAAGAUACCAGAGAAAGCGACUUUGAGGUCAAUCAGAAUGAAACCAGACGAGUCGAGAUGAUGUUCAUGGAGAAAAAGAUGCCCUACACCCGCAUCUCUGAGCAUGGUCUGCAGAUCCUGGAGCUGCCGUACAAGGACAAGGAGCUCAGCAUGGUCAUCCUGCUGCCUCAGAAAUCCACUGAUGGCUCUGAUCCUCUUCACAAGCUUCAGAGCAUGCUUACUCGGGAACAGCUGGAAGAAUGGACCAGUAGGAGAAACAUGAGCACCACAACCAAAAUCUCCAUAACGGUGCCGAAGUUCAAACUCGAGAUGAGCUACGACAUGAAUAUGCCCCUAGCUAAAAUGGGUAUGACGGAUGUUUUCUGUGAGGAAAAGGCCGAUCUGUCAAGGAUGAAUGGGAAAAAGGGACUCUUCCUGUCUACGAUGACACACAGGGCCUUUGUGGAUGUGAACGAGAAAGGUACAGAAGCAGCUGCAUCUGUGGUCAUGUACUACACAUUGGGUGUUGAAGAGAAGAUAUACUUCACAGCCAACCGUCCCUUCCUCUUCUUCAUCAGGCACAAUAAGACCAAGUCUAUCCUCUUUCUUGGCAGAUUCUCGUCUCCAUAAAUGUAAAGAUUCCUUAUUGUAACACUUUGUAGGAAAUCUGACUUGCCCCCCCACCUAUGUUGCCUCCUUAAAAACCAUUAACAAAUGUAGCAGCUUUUCCACAGGCAUACACAUCCACAUAGUGAGACCACCACAGGAAACAUCAACAAAUAUACAUAAAAACAUAAUCACCAAAACAUACCAUAUCAUUAAACAAUUAAAUAGAGAUUAGAGAGGCAGAUGUCAGAAUGGUUUACAUAAUAAAGUAAACAUUAAAAUCAAUGCCUUUAAAGGUUUAAUUUAUUUAUUUUUUUUAUUGAACUUUCCUUCUUUUAGACAGAAGUUACACUGUAUAAGAAUAAAUUUUACGAAUAAAUGUUUUUGAAUAGUUUUGGUUAAAUUUGGAUUCCUGUUUUGCUGUUUAAUAAAGUGUCGCAAAGAGCAUAUACAAUUAUAAUAUUCUGUACAUGUGAAGCAGUUCUAGCAAUUGCUAAUCACCUGAUUUAUUUUGGCCUGAAAAUUAAUAAAAGCCAUAAAAUGCUACUGUAAAUCAAAAUAAAAUAAGCAAGCU